AACCCUCACAACCCCCCAACGCAACCAUGCUAUCCGGAAUCCAAAAUGUACGGCAAACAGCUAUUCAGCUGCUCAACUUCGGGCUGGUCCUGAGCACUGCAUUUAUGAUGUGGAAAGGUCUCUCGGUCCUCACCAACUCCCCCAGUCCGAUAGUAGUCGUCCUCAGUGGCUCCAUGGAGCCCGCUUUCCAGCGCGGAGAUCUCCUCUUCCUUCGGAAUACGCAACCGACGCUGAACGUCGGAGAGAUCGUGGUGUAUCAGGUCAAGGAUAAGGAUAUUCCGAUUGUGCAUCGGGUGGUGAGGCAGUUUGGUGAGGGAUCCGAAGCCAAGCUCCUCACGAAAGGCGACAACAACAUUGCGGAUGAUACGGAACUCUAUGCGCGCGGACAGGAUUACCUCGAUCGGGACGAUGUCGUGGGAAGCGUGUUUGGGUAUAUUCCGUUUGUGGGGUAUGUGACGAUUCUUCUGUCGGAGCAUCCGUGGUUGAAGACGGUUAUGUUGGGGGUUAUGGGGUUGUUGGUGCUUUUGCAAAGGGAGUAAUGGGGUAGGAGUUAGUUUUCUGGAUCUGGAUUCUUUCUGCCUGGUUUGUUUGUCAGGGUAUUUUUGGGUUUUGGGGUUAGCUGGGUUAAUCAAUGCAUAUAGGGUUGCGG